CAUCGACAGCGACCCGGUGAGCUCGAUAAAGACACGUCUCCAAAUCGCUGUCCCAUCCCCGAAACGAGCCGAAGAACUCGAGAACCGUAAGCCGCGCAAACCACCGGCCACGCCUCCAGAGGAAAGAAACCCGACGCUCUCCACCCCACGACCAACACCUAUUUAUCUCUGCUCCUCUCGCCGCCAUGGAGUCCUCGACACACUUCAAGAACACCUCUUCCGGAAGCAGGACAGUGGGACAAGCUCACAACUCGUAAGCACCGGCGGCCUAGCUUGGUUGUAGCAUUCGCAGGAGCAAGCAGCGCACAGGCACAUGCUGGCCCUGCACCCAAGGCUGGUCGCGAGCGACGCAGCGGACGACAACGAUGAGGAUAGCAGAGGCUGGUACUACGUCGUGGUGGCCUGCGUCUCUCUACUGCUCUUCGUCAUGCUGGCAGCAGCGGGCAGCGUCGUUAGGGCCUGCGCCAUCACAGGCGCGGCCUUGCUCCUGCUCGGGCUCGUCGGCUGGUUCGCGCCCACGGGGACCAGGAGCGGUACUCUGGCCAUGCGGCAGCAGGCUCCCGCGCCCGCGCUGGGGGCUGUGCGGCUGGCGCACCACCGGUGCUCGUGUGGGCUGGCGGACGCGGCGAUCGGCGCGCUGCCGAUGUUCGCGUUCGAGCCCCCUGCAGCGAAGGAUAUCGGCGGCGACGACGACGAUGGGAGAGGCAAGCCGCGCGGGAACUCCGUGCCUUGCGCGGUGUGCCUGGAGGACGUGCAGGCCGGCGAGAUGGUGCGGCAUCUGCCGGCGUGCAGGCACCUGUUCCACGUGGACUGCGUCGACGUGUGGCUGCGCGCGCACCGGACGUGCCCGCUCUGCCGCCGCGAGCUCUCCCCGCUGAACGUCACUGACCCCUCGCCCGACGAGUUGCCACCGGUGUGAUAAUCCUGUAUAUAUGUAAUCCUUCUGAGUAAUCAGCAAGACACGAUGAAGAAAAAAUUCGAUUGGGUUGAUGGAAUUUCGAAGGCGCAGCAGACAAAGCAUAACUCUGGGAACUGGAGGUCGAGAAACUGUGUGACUCCAACAGUCGCCUGAUGGUUCAGGUUGCGAAAGAUACGUGAGCAUCUAGCCAAUGGAGACUGGUACCGAAUCGUACGGAGUCCAGACUUCGACACGCUUGAAAUCCGCCGCUGGGCAUGUGUAUGUAUCAUAUCAGACAACCAGUCUAUCACGUCAGGCGCAGCUUAUGUUUCUAAGGCAAAUAAUGAAUGCUGGCACGUGUUUCUUAGCAAACCCAAGUCUGUGGGGUGGGGUUGCGAUUAAGGACCCUCAACGCUGUUAUGGCUCCGCUAGUUUAUGUUGAAGGAUCAUCAGGCUUACGAUCUCUUCGACAUC